GCCACGCAAUCGACUCGUAAUCGACCGAAAGAACGCCCAAUUGGUCAGCUCAUACGAGUCCAAGCCGAGCAAACAAGGUUCGUGGCAGCAUCUCUUUCGUCUGGAUCAUCAUCACCAUGUCACGCCGUGUUCGGGAUCCAAUUGCACAGCACUCUGCGAGCCUGUGUGAAUACAUGAAUGCCAGGCCUGCCAUCAUCCUCUCCUACGCCCGAUACUUUGGAGAGUACCCCGAGGCAACCAAGGCGACCAUGACUGCGGUUGAUCAAGACGGGUUCGAUAUCGUUUGUCAGGACAACGGUCAGGAGAGGGAACUCAGGGUCACCUUUGGACACUCUUUGCAUGCAGUGAGCCAAGUCAAGGACGCAUUCAUGGCCCUCGCCAGGGAGGCCGAAAUCGCUCUUCGGGGCGACGAUCGACUCGGCCAGGACCUUAUGCCAGAUAGUCCGUCCGUCAGUUGGCCAGGGAUUGAUCCGGUGGCUGCUUCUGCAUUGUUGAUCGCCUAUACAGCAAUCUACCUCAACUAUUUCCCCAACACAACGAGUCCAGCUCUGCAAUGGAUACUUCAAACAAUCGGGUCGUCUUCGGUCCAUUAUAUUGCUAUGUUGGUUGUAGGAUUGCAUGUUAUCGAAUCGGUAGUAUCACUUUACUUUACGAUUGUCGUAAGUACAGGCUUCUUUGGAUCAGUUGACGUUGUGCAGUGGUUCGCGGUGAUCUUACUGUUCGGCUAUCCAUUCCUUUUCAAGCUCAUCUCUCUCUCCACCCGACAACAGACUAAAGGGAAGAUUGUAUAGUGUUAUAUUGAAUUAUAAAUACUGCCUGUCAGUGUUGCCCAGGAACCACCACAUGUACACAGGAUUUGAUAUAAGGAUCUGAGGUAGAGCC